CAACCUUCAUUGCAAAUUCUGUUCUAUUUCCCCAGUGUUUACUCACAAAGUGGCAUCAGUCAGUUGAGAUAAUAAGGUUUAAAUGCACAUCUUUUUAAGUAGUUACAAAUCUGUAUACAGUGCUGUAUAUUUCUUGCACAUGUAGCAUGUAAUGAAUCCCACGAUGUAGGCUACAAUUUGACCAAAAAAGAAAAUAUUAACUUUUGAAUCAGAUUAUGGAAGCACAAAUUGACAACAGUUUUUUUUAAUCUUACUCGUGAGAUAGACAGAGGCCAUAAACAGAUACCCUUUACAUCAUAAAUCUCUUGAUGAAAUCAGCUGAUCUGUAGAAAAUUUACAAAUCUUAAAUCAUUGCCUCCCGCAUGACUUGAGUGUAUAAAUGUACUCCCUACAUUAUUAUAUGUUUCUCUUCUAGUAUGGAAUGUUCAUCUUAAAAGGUCCAUAGUACGCUAUUGUCUGAUCUGUGUUAUAAUGUUGUUUCCUCACCAAAAACAUACCUGGAAAAAAACUGUUCCACUUUGUGGUGUAUUGUAAUAAUACAGGAAGUGCUCCACUCUGUUUUUAAAAUCUAUGCACUUUCACUAAAACCAUCUGGAUAUUUGGAAUUGCCAGUCUCUAUUGAAUUAAGGGUAAAGUGUAGCUGUAAAUAUACCUCUAGAUGACAUCACAAGGUGGAACAGAGGUUUUUGAGCUUUGAAGAUGAAGACAGACUAAUAAUAAAGGGUGUGAAUGCAACAAAACAUAACUCCACAUGUUUUUGAUGAGGUGACGGCAUUAUAACAUGACUUAAAGCUCACAAGAGUCAAUUUUGUGUAAUAUACGACCUUUAAUAUUCCAUAUGCUCUGGUGCACUUUGAGAUAGGCUCUCAAGGGGCCUUUGUUAAGCAAUGUAAGUAUUAAGUUCACAGGAUAGGCAGAGGUCUUAUCACCACUUUUUACAAUUUUGUUCCUGUUGGACUUUCAGCUAUCUCUUUUUUUUCACCAGAAAGUCAAACAUUAACAAAACUAUAAUCUUGUUCCCAUAAAUAGGUAAAUUCAUCUUGGUAUUUCUUUCAGACAUGGCAAAAGGAUUCUUCAUCAGCAAGGCGGUGGCAGGGACUUGUGUCUUUGUGGCUAUUGCUGCCACUGCCACAAUCAUAGCUCUGUCUGUUGUGUACUCUCAAGAGAAGUCCAAGAAUGAAGUCCUACCAACCGUCGACCCCAGCAUCACUACAACAACUCUGUCCACAGCCCCCCCAGGCCCAAAGGAGCCAUGGCAACAAUACAGACUCCCGGACUCACUGGUUCCUAUCACCUACCAUGUAACUCUUUGGCCCAGACUAGAACCAGUUGUGGGUGACUUUUUCAUCUUUUCAGGGAAUUCAACGGUCUUGUUUAAAUGUGUGAAGGCUACGGAUCUGAUCUUAAUUCAUUCGAACAAACUCAAUCUGACCACUUUUGACAACUUCCAUGCCAAGUUGACAGGACUCAAUGGAGCAGAGGCACCAAAGAUAAAGACGACAUGGCUGGAGGUUCCCACUCAGUAUCUGGUGAUACAGCUGCAUGGAAAUCUUCAACCUGGCAACACAUAUGAGCUGUUUACUGAGUUUGUAGGAGAGCUGGCUGAUGACCUGGGAGGAUUCUACAGAAGCGAAUACUAUGAGGAUGGCAUCAAAAAAGUCUUGGCCACAACACAAAUGCAGCCAACCGAUGCCAGGAAAGCCUUUCCCUGUUUUGAUGAACCGGCAAUGAAGGCUGUCUUCUACAUGACCCUUCUGCAUCCUCAUGGGACUGUGGCUCUAUCCAACUCUCUAAGCUAUGACCCAGUCAAUGUCACAGUAGACGGACACAAUCUUAUAAGAACCAGCUUCAUGGCCACGGAGGUUAUGUCAUCUUAUCUACUGGCGUUUGUGGUGUGCGAAUUUACUUACAUUGGGAACAUGGAUACUGGCGUUUUGAUCAGAAUCUGGGCUCGUCAAAAGGCCAUCGCCGAGGGACAAGGAGAGUAUGCCUUGAAUAUAACUGGCCCUAUCUUGUCCUUUUUCGAAAAUUACUACAACAUCUCCUAUCCUUUGAAUAAAUCAGAUCAGAUUGCUCUGCCAGACUUUGGGGCGGGAGCUAUGGAGAACUGGGGCCUCAUCACCUACAGGGAGACUGCCCUUCUGUACAACCCUGGUGUCUCAUCUAAUGGAGACAAAGAGUGGGUGGCCACGGUCAUAGCACAUGAGCUGGCUCACAUGUGGUUUGGAAACCUGGUGACCACAAAAUGGUGGAAUGACCUCUGGCUAAACGAGGGCUUUGCUACUUAUGUCUCUUACCUUGGUGCCAAUUUUGCUGAACCAGAUUGGAAUAUGAAAGAUCUGAUAGUCCUUAAUGAGAUUGUAGGUGUGAUGGGAGUAGAUGCUCUGGCCUCCUCCCACCCUCUCUCAUCCAGGGAAGAUGAAAUCCUGAGGCCAGAGCAGAUCAAUGAACUUUUUGAUGCCAUCACAUACAGCAAGGGGGCUGCAGUCCUCCGAAUGCUUUCUUUCUUUAUCACAGAGGAGGUUUUUACUAAAGGCCUUCAUACAUACUUAGACACGUUCAAAUACAAAAACACUGUCUACCAAGACCUCUGGGAACACCUACAGAUGGCUGUAUUUUCUUCAGGCAUCUCAUUGCCUGACUCCAUUGAACAAAUAAUGAACAGGUGGAUUCUUCAGAUGGGUUUCCCUCUGGUCACUAUCAAUACCCAAACUGGACAAAUUAUGCAGAAUCACUUCCUAUUAGAUCCAGACACUCCAGUGGACAGGCCCUCACCAUUUCAAUAUGAAUGGAUUGUUCCAGUGACAUGGAUUAAAAAUGGUGCAGAAGAGAAGCAGUACUGGCUCACUAAAAAAGAUGCUACCAACACUGAAAUCAAAACUGCUCCUGGCGAGUGGUUGGUGGCCAAUAUCAACAUGAAGGGCUUCUAUAGAGUGAACUAUGACAGUGAAAACUGGGAGCGCCUUCUCACCAAGCUAUCCACUAACCCUGAGGCCAUUCCAGUUAUAAACAGGGCACAGGUUAUAGAUGAUGCUUUUAAUCUUGCAAGAGCAAAGAUUAUAGACACAACACUAGCUCUGAGGACAACUGCAUUCUUGGAUAAGGAGGUGGAGUACAUGCCCUGGCAGACUGCUAGACGUAAUCUAAACUAUUUUUAUCUUAUGUUUGAUCGCAGUGAGGUCUAUGGCCCAAUGCAGGCAUACAUAAAGAAGAAGUCAACUCCUUUAUUUAACUACUUUGAGAUGAUCACAUCAAACUGGACACAGAUUCCUAAAAAACACACUGACCAAUACAAUCAGGUAAAUGCUAUCUCCAUGGCCUGUGGCACAGGAGUGGCAGGCUGCCAGGAGCUGGUCACUCAUUGGUUCAAACAGUGGAUGCAGAACUCCACUAACAACCCAAUUAUUGCCAACCUGCGAUCCACAGUGUACUGCAGUGCCAUCCAAGCAGGAGGAGUGGAUGAAUGGAACUUUGCAUGGGACAUGUAUAAAAAUGCUACUGUUGCCUCAGAAGCUGAUAAACUUAUGUAUGCUCUGUCCUGCACUGAACAGCCCUGGCUACUCAACAGAUAUCUAGAAUAUAGUCUGGACCCAAAGAUGAUACGGAAGCAAGAUGCUACCUUCACUAUAGUUUAUAUUGCCCGUAAUCCCAUUGGUCAGCCUUUGGCUUGGGACUUUAUCAGAGCAAAAUGGAAUUACUUAUAUAACAAUUAUGGAGGUGCAAUGUCAUUUGGAAGACUAAUCAGUGGUGUAACUGAACGGUUUUCGUCAGAGUUUGAAUACAAACAGCUGCUCCAGUUCAAAGAGGAGCAUUCUGGACAGCUGGGUUCAGCCACAGCAGCUCUGGAGCAGGCCCUGGAGAGGACCAAGGCUAACAUGAACUGGGUGACUUUAAACAAAAAGAAAGUGUAUGAUUGGUUCAUUGGGGAAACCUCAGCACUGUAA